AUGGCUAGGUUUGAUUCAGAAGAACCCCACGGAAUUAGACUUCCGGGUCAGGUUUUGGACCAAAUCCGAUCCAAAGAGGAAAGUGGCGACUAUAAUGAUGCCCGUUUUGGUACCAAAAGAAAAAAGUCCCAGAAGCCAGUUUCUAGAAAAGAUAAGAGAAAGGAAGAGAGAAAACUCAAGAAACAAAAACGUCUGAACCACCAAGAGCCGCACAAGAUUCAAAAAUUUGAAACGAAGCAAUCCAAGGCUCCAGGUAAAGGACCUUCCAAUUCCAAAGCUAUCAAAACCGAUCCUUUGGCUGCUCUCGCUGCAUUGAAGGCUAAGAAGAAUAAAGAAACCAGUGAAGUGAGAACGGUGAAGGCAGACGAACUCGACGAUCAGUUCUCGGAUGAGUUCGAUGACUUUGAGGAUGAAGAGGUGGAUGAAGAUCCCUUGGAAAAAUUGCGUGCUCUCAAGGCCAAAAAGAAGGGAAGUCUGGACGUUAGAAUCGUGAAGGAAGAUGAUCUUGAAGAUGACCUUGAAGAUGACCUUGAAGAUGAUUUUGAUCUAGGAGAUGGUAUUACAGUAAACUCAAACGACGACUCAAAUGAUGAUUUUGGCGGGUUUGAAUCUGAAGAAGAGGACGAAGAACAAGUGGAGGAGGACCCGAUGGAGGCGCUCAGAAAGCUUAAGGCUGGCAAGAAACAGUCCAGUGAAUUGCGAGUGGCAAAAGAAGAUGAUCUCGAUGAUGAAAUGGAUUCGGAUGAAUUUGAUAACCUUGAUGAGGAAGCUGACGAAGAUCUUGUAGAAGGAGAUGAAGAUUUAGGUGAUUUCGAUGAGGAUGACUUUGAUGAACAAAUUUCAGAUCUUGAAGAUGAACAAGAAGAGGACCCGCUCGCAAAACUCAGGGCCCUCAAACAAGCCAAGACUAGCAAGGCUAAGAAGGAGAAGGUCAUUGAAGCCACAUUUGUGGAUCCUUUCGAAAACGACUUGGAAUUCUAUGCCAAACAGUUGGGUCUCAAAGAUGGAAAGAAGUCCAAAUUGGGUAAGACCGAUGAAGAUGACGUAGUGGGUGGCUUGCUUGAUGGUCUUGACUUCGACUAUCUCGACGGAUCAGAGGAAGAGUCGGAGGGAGAUUUCGGAAGUGAAGACUAUGAAGAUGAACCGGAUCAUCCCAAAGAAAAUCCUUUCGUUGCACCAGUUACUGAAGGCAAAGAGUCUGAUGAGACUUCUGGAAGUCGAUACAUACCUCCAGCAUUGAGAAGAAAGCUCGCUUUGGAGAAGUCGGAAGUUUCCGAAGAGACCCUCGCUCUCCAGAAAUCUAUUAAAGGACCCAUCAAUAAGUUAUCUGAGACUAACGUUGGAUCAAUUGUUAAUGAGAUUAAUGGCCUUUUUUUAAACAACCCAAGACAAUCAGUUACUGAAAACUUGACAUCCGUAAUCUUGGACUCCGUCAUCCAACAAGGAAGACUUUUGGACACUUUUGUCUACUUGCAUGCUGUUCUUGUAGCAGCCAUUUAUCGUCUACAGGGCGUGGACUUCGGUGCCUAUUUCGUACAAACUUUAAUCGAAAAGUACGAGAAGCUCAAAGUUGAACCUUCCAAAAUGAAGGAAACAAUCAACAUCAUCUCGUUGUUGUCGUCUGUGUAUGCAUUUCAGCUUGUCUCUUCCAAACUAUUAUAUGAUAUCAUUAAGGCUCUUAUCGAUGAUCUUUCUGAAUCUAGUGCAGAGCUCUUAUUGAAGAUUAUCAGAAACUCCGGAAACCAGAUGCGAUCUGAUGAUCCCACUGCACUUAAGGAGAUUGUAUUGCAAGUGACCAAGAAGCCUGCUUCUAUGAAUCAGAAUGCGGUUACUACCAGAAUGCAAUUUCUAGUUGAAACUAUUGGCUCGUUGAAGAACAAUAAGCUCAAGGAUGUAAACGAGUCCACACAUCAAUUGACCAUUCGUUUGAGAAAGUUCUUAGGCACUUUUGUUUCGGGCAAGGCAAUUGAUCCCCUCCAAGUUAGUCUUGACGAUAUUCACAAUGUUGAGACCAAAGGAAAAUGGUGGCUCGUGGGUUCUGCUUGGAAAGGUGAAGACGGAGCUGCAAAGACUGAGUUGGUCAAUACGGACGUUAUGAACGACAUUCUUGAUAGCGCAGAUGUCAACUGGAUCGAGUUGGCUAGAGCACAGAGAAUGAACACGGACAUCAGAAGAGCCAUCUUUAUUUCAAUCAUGUCUGCCAAUGACUACAUUGACGCAGUCACGAAAUUGGACAAAUUGGCUUUAAGAAAAUCUCAGGAGAGAGAAAUUCCUCGUAUUGUUAUCCACUGUGCUGUUGUCGAGCCAGCUUGGAAUCCAUAUUACGGAAUCUUGGCUGCCAAGCUCUGCGACUCUCACUCAUACAGAAAGACAUUUCAGUUCAUGCUCUGGGACUUGAUCAAGGGUUUUGAGGGGUCUUCAGGUGAUGAUUCCGAUGAAGAAGAAGAUGUCUUCUCUGGAUUUGACGACAAUCAAGACGAAGACGACAAGCUCAAGAAAAUCUUAAACUUGGGGAGAUUCUAUGGAUACUUGUUUGCUGAAGGAUCAUUGGCUUUGCAUGUUUUGCGUACUGUCAACUUUGUUGCAGCCUCUGCAGAUAAUAAGUUGUUCAUGGAAGUGUUGUUUGUAACAUUCCUUGAUCAGAUUGGAAAGAAGUCGCAGGUCAAUGCUAUCGGUGUUGGCUUGGUGGGAAAGAAGAAGAUGUCAGAACAGAAGUUCGAAGACAGAACCCUCAUUGAGAGACUUCUCAAAGCGAAGGAGCAGCCAGCACUUCUCAAGGGAAUCCAACACUUCAUCAACAAAAGAUUGAGAACCAGUGACUUCAUCACUGGCAGAAAGCAAAGAAAGAGAAUAGAAUGGGGAAUUGGUGCCAUGGGCGAUAUCAUUGAUGAAUUUGUUAAGGAGUACGACUUUUAA